GCAGAUUGUUAGGUUAUGUCGUGUCGAGGUCACUUAAAUCGGAUUAAUUUUACGCAAUAGAGAGGAUGCAAUGUAAUUGUUUGAUCAGAAGGAUCUCAGCACUGCAUUUCAAUUAUUGUUAGUUAUACGAUGUGUACCGCGGACGCGUGGAGAAUUGCAAAAACUACGAAUUACGAGAUUUUACCUCGAAUUAUGGCAUUCAGACGACAACGGACGGAUGGGUUACGCACGGCGCUACGAACGAAUUCGUCCGUUGUCUUUGCAGGUCAAAAUGAUUCGUGUGCAACUUACAAUUCAACUAUCCAGCAGUUAAUCAUGGAAUUGGAGAAUUGUAAUUCUCAUGGAGAUCAUAUUUCUACUACACUUCAACAUGAAAAUGAUCCUAGUGGAAAUAAAAAAUGGUAUCGACAAGCUAGUCAAAGAAUUUUUGUGAAUCGUAGUCUUCAUUUAGAAAAUAUCAAGUUUUAUGGCUUCGAUAUGGAUUACACUUUGGCAGAAUACAAAUCACCAGAGUACGAACAAUUGGGUUUCACAUUGUUGAAAGAUCGUCUAGUAUCUUUGGGAUAUCCAGAAGAAAUUAAAGCAUUUGAAUACGAUCCCAGUUUUCCGGUGCGAGGAUUAUGGUUUGAUAGUCUUUAUGGAAAUCUUCUUAAAGUAGAUGCUUAUGGGAAUAUCUUAGUUUGCGUUCACGGUUUCGAAUUUUUGAAACAUUCACAAGUAUAUGAGCUUUAUCCGAAUAAAUUUUUACAAUUAGAUGAGUCCAGAGUAUAUGUGCUCAAUACGCUAUUUAAUCUUCCCGAAUCAUAUUUAUUAGCAUGUUUGAUAGACUUUUUCACGAAUUCGCGGCAAUAUAUACCAGACAGAACAGGGGUAAAAGAGGGAGAACUUACGAUGACUUUCAAAAGCAUAUUCCAAGAUGUUCGAAACGCAGUAGAUUGGAUACAUCUUCACGGUAAUUUAAAAACAAAAACAAUGGAAAAUUUAGAUCUAUAUGUGAAGAAAGACAGGAGACUACCAAUGUUUCUUAAUAGGAUUAGAGAAAGCGGGGCAAAAAUAUUUCUCUUAACAAAUAGCGAGUACGUUUUUACUAAUAAAAUUAUGACUUAUCUCUUCGAUUUUCCACAUGGUGCAAAGCCUGAUGAACCUCAUAGAAAUUGGAAAACAUAUUUUGAUACUAUAGUAGUAGAUGCUAGGAAACCACUAUUUUUUGGUGAAGGUACAAUUUUGCGACAAGUAGAUACUAAAACUGGAGCCCUAAAACUUGGCACGCACAAAGGUCCACUCCAUACAGGAGAAGUUUAUUCAGGAGGUUCAUGUGAUGUAUUCACUGAAUUAAUAGGUGCAAAAGGCAAAGACGUAUUAUAUAUUGGUGAUCAUAUUUUCGGUGAUAUAUUAAAAAGUAAAAAAAUUAGAGGAUGGAGAACAUUUUUAGUAGUACCUGAACUUGUACAAGAGCUUCAUGUUUGGACCGAUAAAUGUCAAUUAUUUGCCGAAUUACAAAAUUUAGAUGUUAUGUUAGGCGAAAUGUACAAAAAUUUAGAUAGUAGUACAAAAGAAAAACCAGAUAUUUCCAAGCUACGAACAUCUAUAAGAGAUGUUACUCACAAAAUGGAUUUAGCUUAUGGAAUGAUGGGUUCAUUAUUUCGUAGCGGGAGUAGACAAACCUUUUUCAGUAGUCAAGUUGUAAGGUAUGCUGAUCUUUAUGCAGCAACUUUCUUAAACCUCAUAUAUUAUCCAUUCUCGUAUAUGUUUCGAGCUCCUGCUAUGUUGAUGCCUCAUGAGAGUACAGUAGCUCAUGAACAGAGAUUUGUUAUGGAAACACCAAUGAUUAGUCGAUCUCGAACAUUCAAGCUUAAUGAUGAAGAAGAAGAACAAAAUAAUCCUACCAAAACUUUGUGUGUGGAUUAUUCCAAUAAUCAAAUACCUCAUGCAAGGCCUGAAACACCACGUAAUGUGACGCAUACACAUGAUGAAGAUUGUAGUGAUGAGGAUAGUGAUUCACAAAAAGCAAACCAUGUAAGAUCAUGUACAAAAAAUUCUAAUUGUAAAUGAAUUAUUUUUAUUAUCGUU